CAUGUCUUCAGUUGGUAUGUCAAGUUGAAGUGGCAAGGUUUUGAACGAUAUGUAUGUGGUGAGGUUCUGAUGAAAUUUGAAUAAUUUGUCUGUGAUAAUGUUUAGGAUAAAUAAGAUAUAAAAUUCAGGGCAAAAUCGUUAUAAUUACAACUCAAAAUAAAACUUAAUGACCACACUAAUUUUAUACUUGAUAAUAUAGCACUAUAAAUACUUAAUAACUUCAAAUAUACUAUAUUUUUUUCUAUUUAGCAGACUACUUUAUAGCCUUGUUGCAGACUACAUAAUUUCACCUUUAGCUCAAAGAGAAUAAAAAUGUAAAAAAAAUUAUAUAUGACCAUUUGCACUACACUAACUGUAGCGUUAUACUUCUUUGGAAUUUCGAUGUUCGGCUUGGGUUCGUGUUGACUCUGUUGUUCUUUCGAAGUGGGUUGUUGUUACAGUGUUUAGUGUGGUCAACUAUACAUUUUUAACCAUGGUUGAAGCAGAAGAAGUUGGUGCUGAUAAAACUCCAAGUAAUGAAGAGAAUGUGUCUGAUUUGGAAAAGAAAAUAAUUCGUCAAGUAGAAUACUAUUUCGGUGACAUUAACUUGGCGAAGGACAAAUUUUUGCAAGAGCAAAUUAAGCUUGAUGAUGGCUGGGUUCCUAUGGAAAUCAUGCUUAAAUUCAACCGCCUUUCUCAGUUAUCUCAAGAUCCAGAUGUUAUAACUAAAGCCAUUUUAAAAUCAAGUAAUAAAUUGAUGGAGGUUCAUGAAGAUAAUAGUAAGAUUCGUCGAUCACCCAAUAUGCCAUUACCUGAAAUGAAUGAAAGUCGAAGGAAAGAAUUGAUGUCCCGUACAGUUUAUUGUAAAGGGUUUCCAACAGAAGACACUACCAUCCAUAAGCUGCUUGAUUUCUUCCCUAAGUUUGGUGAUAUUGACAAUGUUAUUAUGAGAAGUUUUAAUGACAAAGCCACCAAAACCUGGAAGUUUAAGGGAUCCGUGUUUGUAAUUUUUUCCACUGUUGAAGGAGCCCAAGAUUUUCUUUCAUUAGAUUCUGUCAAGUAUAAUGAUACUGAAUUAAUCAAAAAAUGGCAAAAUAUUUAUCUGGAUGAAAAAAGAAAGGAAAAGCUUGAAGCUAAGGGAAAAAAUAAGAAGAAAAAAGCCAACAAGGAAGGAAAGGAUGAAGAUGGAGAAUCUAAAACUGAGGAUGGGAGUGAAGAUAAUAAGAAUGAAGAAGAAGAUGGCAAUAAAGAAGAGAAAAGGGAAUUUCCUAGAGGUUCAGUUGUUCAAUUAAAAGGUCUUGGAGAGAAGAAUGAAUUAAGACGUGAUGAUCUGAAAGCGGCAGUUGAAAAACUUGGUGUUGGGGUUGGUUUUGUUGAAUUCAGCACAGGUCAAGAUGAAGCUUGGCUUAGAUUAGAUGCUGAGGGUGCUGCAUUAGAGUUGGCAGGUUUGGUUAAAGGCGGUGUGUUAGAGAUAAAUAGUGAAGUGAAAGCAGAUUUAAGGGUCAUUGAAGGAGACGAAGAAGAGACAUUUUUAGCUAAGUGCUUAGCUGACAAGAAGAAAUUAGUUGGGAGGUCACGAAAUAAAGCUAGACGAGGUCGACCAUUCAAUAAUCAUCGAAAACGUAAAGGCAGCCCUUCUAAAGAUAAUUCCAAGAAAGUUCAAAAAACUAAUUAAUAGAAGUAGAAGUUUAUUAUUUUUUUAUUAACCAACACUAUAAAAUAUGUAUGUAUAUAUUGUAUGAUUAUUUUAGACAGACAGAAGUGAACUAUCCAAGCAAGUGUAUUUUUCCUUUAAAAUUUCAUUGUAAAUGAUAGAAAAAUAGACUUUUUGGGUAUUCAGAAUGAUAACUUGGAAUUUAAUGUAAGAAAGUUGUUAAAUAAAACAUUGAGUAUUGAGUGGUACUUAAC